AUGGCAUCCACAAAUAUCUUGGUCACAUUUUUCAUUGAUAAUGUUAUCAAUGGCAUCCACAGUAUCCUUGGUCACAUUUUCAUUGAUAACAAUGUCGGUCAAUGGCAUCCACAACAUCCUUGGCUCGACAUUUUCAUUGAUAACAAUGUUUGUAUCAAUGGCAUCCACAGCAUCCUUUGGUCACAUUUUCAUUUUUGGUCAAUGGCAUCCACAACAUCCUUGGUCACAUUUUCAUUGAUAGCCGGGUCAAUGGCAUCCACAACAUCCUUGGUCACAUUUUCAUUGAUAACAAUGUCGUCAAUGGCAUCCACAACAUCCUUGGAUAACAAUGUCGGUCAAUUGGCAUCCACAACAUCCUUGGUCACAUUUUCAUUGAUAACAAUGUCGGUCAAUGGCAUCCAUAACAUCCUUGAUCGGAUAACAAUGUCAUCCACCACAACAUCCUUGGUCAUGGCCUCAUUGAUAACAAUGUCGGUCAAUGGCAUCCACAACAUCCUUGGUCACAUUUUCAUUGAUAACAAUGUCGGUCAAUGGCAUCCACAACAUCAACAGUCACAUUUAUUUUAA